AUGGCCGCGUCCCCCCACGACCUGGACGCCGCGUACUUCGACCGCGUCCUCGCCACCCUCAACGCGUACCUCGGCCCGAACGGCGCGCUCGCGCGUUCCCUCGCCUCGAAGGGCUCCCUCCGCCUCACGCGCCUCCCUCGCUUCCUUCCCCUCAUUAUAGCGAGUCUCCUGUUCUUCACGUCCAUACAUGUCUUAGUGUCCCCCAUCUGCACUAAAAUUCUCGCUCCGCGGACCUAUCGCAGCUUGCGAGGUCGCCGCGGGCGGAACGCAUGGAAUAUACAUGUUGUAUCAAUGGUGCACGCACUGAUCGUCGUCCCACUCGCCUCGCGGUGUCUGCACUCGCCCUCGCUGGCGGCCAACAGGAUACACGGCUGGGACUAUGAUGCAGCCAUCGCCCAUUCCGUAGCAGUAGGGUACUUCCUCUGGGACACCGCUGACGCGAUCGUCAACUUUGUGGAUCUUGGCUUCGUCGCGCACGGCAUGGCCUGCCUCCUGGUCUACGGCCUCUCGUACCGGCCCUUCGUACUCUAUUAUGGCGUCCGCUGCCUGCUGUGGGAGAUAAGCACGAUAUUCCUGAAUAUCCACUGGUUCCUAGACAAACUGGGGAAGACCGGGUCGACAGCCCAGAAGAUCAACGGGGCCCUCCUUUUGGCCUCCUUCUUCGGCGUGCGCAUACUGUACGGUGGCAUGAUGUCCGCGCAAUUCCUGACCGAGCUAUACACGAUCCGCCGCGACCUGUCGACCACCGUCUGGGUCGUCUAUGGUGGGGGGAACAUCCUUCUUCAGGGGCUUAACUGGUUUUGGUUCUUCAAGAUGAUCCAAGCGCUCCAGAAGCGCUUCAGCGCGGGGGACAGGCUCAUCACUGCAGCUGACGCGCCAGCGAUGGUGAUCCUCCCUGACGGCACGAGCGCGAAGCGGAAGCGUGUCUAG